CGUGGUUGCCAUGAUAGUCACCGCCAAAUUGGUAGCCAUUGGCUUGGGCCUUGCGCUCACGGCCUUCACUGUAUCGACCAUUGUCCUGGCCGUUCAGAAGUCGAGUCUUCAGAGUGAUUUGCGCGAUGCCCAGGAGAAAUUGGACCUCCUAGAGGCGGGGUUUACGAGCACGGCUGCUCCGACAACCUCGAGCACUGCGAAUCCUGGCAGCACUAGCAGUCCGGAACCCACCGAGGAGCCAGGAAGCACUGUUUCUACAGAGUCAACUGCUUCUACUGGAUCUACUGCCUCACCUGAUCCCACUGCUUCCCCUGGAUCCACUGCUUCUCCUGGCACCACUGCUGCGCCAGAAGAGAAAAUCGACUACCGUCUACCAGGAAAUCUAAAACCCACCCAUUAUGAUCUCUAUCUAUUCCCCAACAUCGAAACCGGCGAGUUCAGUGGACAGGAGACCAUUAUCAUUACCGUUUUGGAGGCCACCGACAAGAUAGUUCUGCAUUCCUUGAACUUGAACAUCUCAAGUGUCUCCAUAAUGGGCUCGGGCAGUGAUACCUUGGAAGUGCUGGAAACAACGGUGGAUUCCGUAAGGGAGUUCCUCAUAUUCCAACUGAGCGAAGAGUUACCCCAGGGCAGGGAAGUGAGACUGCAUCUGGGAUUCGAGGGAUCGAUGGCCAACAAGAUUGUGGGUCUGUACAGUUCGUCGUAUUUGAAGGAGGAUGAGACCCGCAAGUGGAUAGCCACUUCCAAGUUCGAACCGACCUACGCCCGGCAGGCUUUCCCCUGCUUCGAUGAGCCCGCCUUGAAGGCCGAGUUCACCAUUACCCUGGUGCAUCCCUCGGGGGAGGAUUACCAUGCCCUGUCCAACAUGAACGAGGCGUCGAGUGUCAAUCAGGGUGCCUUCCAGGAGGUCACCUUCGCGAAAAGUGUGCCCAUGAGCACCUACCUGGCUUGCUUCAUUGUCUCCGACUUCACGGCCAAGAAGGUGGACAUCGAUACCAAGGGCAUUGGCGAGACCUUCACCAUGAGCGUCUACGCCACCCCAGAGCAACUGGACAAGGUGGACCUCUCGGUGACGAUUGGCAAGGGAGUAAUUGAAUACUACAUUGACUACUUCCAAAUUGCCUAUCCGCUGCCCAAACUGGAUAUGGCUGCCAUUCCCGACUUCGUCUCCGGUGCCAUGGAGCACUGGGGACUGGUCACGUACAGGGAAACCUCGCUGUUGUACGACGCGGAGACGAGUUCGGCGACCAAUAAACAACGCAUUGCCAGUGUAAUUGCCCACGAGUUCGCUCACAUGUGGUUCGGAAACUUGGUUACCAUGAACUGGUGGAACGAUCUGUGGCUAAAUGAAGGCUUCGCCAGCUUUAUCGAGUACCUUGGCGUGGAUGCCGUCUAUCCAGAGUGGCAAAUGGCAAGUGAUCCAAAGAUACCCAUUAAAAAUCCCAACUAAUUUUCCAUAUAACCCCCGUAGCGAGACCAAUUCAUCGUGAGCACCCUGCACGCUGUACUCACUUUGGAUGGAACUCUGGGCUCCCAUCCCAUCAUCCAGACGGUGGAGAAUCCCGAUCAGAUCACCGAGAUAUUCGACACCAUCACCUACUCCAAGGGUUCCUCUCUAGUUCGCAUGUUGGAGGAUUUCCUGGGAGAGACCACCUUCCGCCAGGCGGUUACCAACUAUCUAAAUGAGUACAAGUACGCCACGGCCGAAACGGGCAACUUCUUUGCAGAGAUCGACAAACUGGAACUGGGCUACAAUGUCACCGACAUUAUGCUGACAUGGACGGUGCAGAUGGGUCUGCCGGUGGUCACGAUCGAGAAGGUCUCCGACACGGAAUACAAAUUGACGCAGAAGCGCUUCUUGACCAACCCGAGCGACUAUGACGCCGAUCACGAGCCCUCGGAAUUCAACUACCGGUGGUCGAUCCCCAUCACAUAUACCACCAGUGCGGAGUCGGUGGUGCAGCGCGAGUGGUUUUAUUACGGCCAGAGCGAAAUCACCAUAACCCUUCCAUCCGCCGUCCAGUGGAUUAAGUUUAACUACGAUCAGGUGGGUUAUUACCGCGUCAAUUACGAUACCGAUCUGUGGACUGCUCUGGCUGAUCAACUGGUGGCCGAACCGAGUGCUUUUAGUGCUGGAGAUCGGGCUUCCCUGUUGAACGAUGCCUUUGCCCUGGCCGAUUCCACUCAGUUGCCCUAUGCCACGGCCUUUGAGUUGACCCGGUACUUGGACAAGGAGGCGGAUUAUGUUCCCUGGAGUGUGGCUGCUUCCCGCUUGACUUCCCUGAAGAGAACCCUGUAUUACACCAGCAGCUAUGCCAAGUACAAGAAGUAUGCCACAGCCUUGAUAGAACCCAUUUACAAGGCUCUCACCUGGACCGUGGGCGAGGAUCACUUGGAUAAUCGCCUUCGUGUCACCGCCUUGAGUGCCGCCUGUUCCCUGGGUCUGGAAUCCUGCCUUUCCGAAGCCGGAGAGCAAUUCACUGCCUGGCUGGCCAAGCCGGAGGAUCGUCCCAAGGCCGAUGUCCGUGAGACGGUCUACUACUAUGGCAUCCACUCGGUGGGAAGCCAGGAGGUUUGGGAUGCCGUCUGGGAGCUGUUCGUCAACGAGGCCGAUGCCAGUGAGAAAUCCAAGCUGAUGUAUGGACUUUCCGCUAUUCCUACUCCCUGGAUACUCCAGCGCUAUAUUGAUCUGGCCUGGAAUGAGGAGUAUGUGAGGGGCCAGGACUACUUCACCUGUCUGACCUACAUCUCCGCGAAUCCAGCUGGUGAAUCCUUGGUCUGGGACUAUGUCCGCGAGAACUGGCAGCGGUUGGUGGAUCGUUUCGGACUGAAUGAGCGGUAUUUGGGCAACCUGAUACCCUCGAUCACGGCUCGCUUCAGCACUCAAACCAAGCUGGAGGAGAUGGAGCAGUUCUUUGCCAAAUAUCCAGAGGCCGGAGCGGGGACCGCUGCCCGUGUGAGGGCUCUGGAGACGGUCAAGAACAACAUCGUUUGGCUGGCCGAGAACCUGGAGGGUGUGGACGCCUGGCUGGACAAGCAGCAGCAACUCUCUAUAAAUAAGCAAUUAUCCCUUGGGCUGAUUGAUAACAAGGUGGUGCUCGCCUGGGCGGUGGUGGCCUUUGCCACUGCCACUGUGGUUGUGGCGGUGCAAAAGGCUAAGCUGGAGAAGGACCUCCAAGAUGUCCAGAACAAGAUCGAUAUUUACGAGGAGUGGAAUGGAGAGAGUGGCAGCCGCGUGAAGCGUGAAGAUACGAUUAAUUACCGCCUGCCCACCGCACUGGUGCCCACCCAUUACAAUCUCUACUGGCAUCCGGAUCUGGAAACUGGCAGCUUCACCGGCCAGCUGAGGAUCAGCAUCACUGUGGUGGAGGCCACCAACCAGAUUAUCCUGCACUCCUAUCUCCUGGACAUCACAAAUGUCUAUGUGCUGAAUCGUGAGGUGGAUAAGUUCGAACUUGAGGAGGAGCGACAGUUUCUGAUCAUCACGCUGACGGAGGAGCUGCCAGUGGAUGCUACAAUUACUUUGGGAAUCCUUUUCGGUGGUCAGAUGAAGGACAAGCUGGUGGGUCUGUACAGCAGUACCUACUUGAAUGAGGCGGGAGCUACCAGGACCAUUUCCACCACCAAAUUCGAGCCAACAUAUGCCCGUCAGGCCUUCCCCUGUUUCGAUGAGCCAGCGAUGAAGGCCACCUUCGCCAUCACAGUGGUUCAUCCCAGUGGUUCUUACCAUGCCGUUUCCAACAUGCAGCAAACGGAAUCCAACUACUUGGGCGACUACACCGAAGCCCUUUUCGAGACCAGCGUUUCGAUGAGCACCUAUUUGGUUUGCAUCAUUGUCUCAGACUUUGCCUCCCAUUCCACGACUGUAAAAGCCAACGGCAUUGGCGAGGACUUCUCUAUGCAGGCCUAUGCCACCUCCCAUCAGAUCGACAAAGUAGAUUUCGCCCUGGAGUUCGGACAAGCCGUCACGGAGUACUACAUUCAGUACUACAAGGUUCCCUAUCCACUGACCAAACUGGAUAUGGCCGCCAUUCCCGAUUUCGCCUCCGGAGCGAUGGAGCACUGGGGAUUGGUUACCUACAGGGAGACUGCCCUGCUGUACGAUGAGAGCUACAGUUCCACGGCCAAUAAACAGUCGAUUGCUGGAACCUUGGCCCAUGAGAUUGCUCACCAGUGGUUCGGUAAUCUGGUGACCAUGAAGUGGUGGAACGAUCUGUGGCUGAACGAGGGAUUUGCCCGCUUUAUGCAGUACAAGGGAGUCAACGCUGUGCACCCGGAUUGGGGAAUGCUCGAGCAAUUCCAAAUUGUGGCCCUGCAGCCCGUGUUGCUGUACGACGCCAAGCUAUCCUCCCAUCCGAUUGUCCAGAAGGUGGAAUCCCCCGAUGAGAUAACCGCCAUUUUCGACACCAUCAGCUACGAGAAGGGUGGCUCCGUAAUCCGCAUGCUGGAAACCCUCGUGGGUUCCGAGAAGUUCGAGGAGGCGGUGACCAAUUACCUGGUGAAGCACCAGUUCAACAAUACGGUAACAGAUGAUUUCCUCACAGAAGUGGAGGCGGUGGUAACGGAUGUGGAAAUCAAGAAACUGAUGCUCACCUGGACCGAGCAGAUGGGCUAUCCGGUGCUGAAUGUUUCCAAGGUGGCCGAGGGCAGUUUCCAGGUCACCCAGCAGCGAUUCCUCUCCAAUCCCGCCAGCUAUGCGGAGGCUCCCGAGGACAGUGCCUACGGCUACAAGUGGAGUGUUCCGAUCACCUAUAUCGCAGAUGACGGUACAGAGGGCAGCUUGAUUUACGACUACGAUGUGGAUUCUGUGGGCAUUGCCUUGCCCACCACUGUGCAGUGGGUCAAAUUGAAUGUCAAGCAAACGGGCUAUUAUCGUGUGAACUACGAGGAGAGCCUGUGGAAGCUGCUCAUCCAGCAGCUGGUCAGCAAUCCCGAUAGUUUCGAUAUCGCCGAUCGUGCCCACGUGUUGAACGAUGCCUUCGCUUUGGCCGAUGCCAGUCAACUUUUCUACGGAAUUCCUCUUGAGUUGACCGCUUACUUGGCACAGGAACGCGACUUUGUGCCCUGGUAUGUGGCCGCCAAUAAGCUGAGGUCCCUCCACCGCAGCCUCAUGUUCACCGAGGGUUAUGUUUCGUACCUCAACUAUGCCAGAAGUCUGAUUGCCGGAGUCUACGAGGAGGUGGGAUGGACUGUGGAUGCCGACAAUCAUCUCAGAAACCGCCUGAGGGUUUCCAUUUUGACCACCGCCUGUGCCUUGGGUGUUUCGGACUGCUUGGAGCAGGCUGCCCUGCGCUUCAACGCCUUCCUGGCGAAUCCCACCAGCCGACCUUCGCCCGAUCUUCGCGAGAUCGUCUACUACUAUGGUAUGCAGCAAUCCACCAGCCAGUCGAACUGGGAGCAGUUGUUCCAACUGUUUGUGGCCGAAACCGAUGCCAGCGAGAAGUUGAAACUGAUGUACGGAUUGGCCGGAGUUCUGGACAGCCAGCUGCUCUUCAACUUCCUGGUUUUGGCUGGCGAUGAGAGCAUUGUUCGCUCCCAGGAUUAUUUCACCUGUGUGCAGUACAUAGCCGCCAAUCCAGUGGGUGAACCUGUGGUCUGGGAAUUCUACCGCGAACAGUGGCCCCAGCUUAUCGCUCGUUUUGGCCUGAACAACCGCAACUUGGGACGUCUUAUUUCCCAAAUAACCGCCAACUUUGCCAGCUCCGUGAAACUGGAGGAGGUGCAGCAGUUCUUCGUCAAGUACCCGGAAUCCGGAGCAGGGGCAAACUCACGUUUGGAGGCCGUGGAAACCAUCAAGUACAACAUCGAGUGGCUGGCCAGAAACCAGGCUGACAUCAGCAAUUGGCUGAGUGGAACGGCCUCGCCGCUGACCAAGAAAAACCUAUUGUAAAAUAAAUUGUAAAUAAAAAGAACCCAAUUAAACAGUAAUUAGAAUUG